CGAGCAUGCUGAAGCGAUUGCUUGUGGUUGGCGGUUCUGGCGCGCUUGGCCGCGGUGUGGCAGCGCGCUUUAAGGCGGCCAAGUGGUCUGUGAUCAACGUCGACUUUGUGACCAACGACAACGACGAUCUCUUGAAUGUCACUUUGGAUGCGAGUAAGAGCACGCUGCAACAAUUGCCCAAAGUCGUGGAAGGGCUGAAGAACAAGAAAGUCGAUGCUGUGGUGUGUGCUGCAGGGGGCUGGGCCGGUGGAAACGUUGCCAGCCAGGACGCCGUCCACAAUCUGGCGCAAAUGUACACGAUGAACAUGGAGUCCGCGCUUCUCGCUGCCCAUGUGGCCGCAACCUCGUUGAAUCCUCACGGCCUGCUUGUCUUGACCGGAUCUGCUGCUGCUUUGACCGCCACGCCAGAAAUGGUUACGUACGGCAUGAGCAAAGCCGCGACCCACCACUUGGUCGCGAGUGCAGUACCAACCCUCCCUCCCGGCGCUACGUCGCUGGCUAUCUUGCCCAUCACCAUCGACACCCCAACGAAUCGAAAGUUUAUGGCCGACGCCGACUUCUCCACGUGGACUCCAGUCGACGAAAUUGCGCAGCAAUUGCUGUCGUGGUCCAUGGACCCAUCAACUCGCCCGGCAUCGGGGCAUCUCGUCCAAGUGACGACGAGCCGUGGCCAGUCGACGUGGACGCCAAAGGGGAAUCCAUUUGCCUAAACGGCACGAGCUAGUGGAGUUGACGUUCUUUCGUCUCCAGAUUUCACAGGCACAUUCCAUGACACACGUCCAUGCCUUGUUAUGCCCAAAAUUUCUUGGUCUUAUUCCCACCUACAUGACAACACACGACCGUCGACAGAUCAAUCGCCGCAAAUCCGGCGCAACUUCGCUGACGACUGUGAUCUCUUCAGGGCACCGCACGUCCAGGAUCUUGAUGCUGCCUUGGCGCAAACACACGAGCGCCAGGCAGUCCGUUGUGACAUGCACACUAGUCACGUCAGCGUCUGCUGCCACGUACGACCCGAGUCGCUCAAACCCGUGGAGUCGACUGAAACGCAGGAUGCAGAGGCCACCGGGACCUAGUGCCACGUACACGUGGUGGCCAACGACUUGGACGCAGUUGGCAGCGUACGAGGACGGAAACGAGUGCGACGCGACCUCAACGGGAUGGAAUGGAUUGCUCACGUCAAGGACUUUGAGCCCGCCGUAGCUGAACGCGACGAAUAGAAAAGACGAAAGCAGCGCCAUGUGUCGAGCGUCGAACGUGCCGUGGGCGUACGAACUGAUCUCGCAGGGCAAACUCGCAUUCGUGACAUCGAGGAUCCGAAUGCCGCCGGGACCAAAGCUCACGUAGCCCCAUCCGUCCUGCAGCAGGACAAACCGUGCUUCAUGGAGCUUGUCGUCUUUGAAUCCUCCGAGCUCGACAGGGCUGCUUGGAUUUGCAACGUCCAAAACACGCACGCCGGCUUGACCGAACGUGACCAGCGCGAUGUCUCCUUGCACCGCGAUGCACUUGGCACUGCAACGUGGAUGGACGAGGGCGCCGAUUUCGUCAAUCGCCGCGUCGAUACUGGUGAAUAUCCGCAGACCCGACCUCCCGCACGCAGUGUACACAAUGCGCCUGUCGAUGGUGAAGUGUUUCAGCUUCAUGCCUCCUUGACCUUCGAGGAACUCUGCGACAACUUGUGGGCACUCGGGCGUCGUGAUGUCGAUCACAAGCAUGCCGUACACCCCCAGCGAUAAGUAUGCCUUGGUGGUGUCGCCCAACGCUUCAAUAUGGGCCCACUUCACCCUGCAUCGAAAUGUACUGGUCAAGCCAAGUUGAUCCUGCACCGUACUUGUAAUCAUGGACAAAAUGUCCGCCAUCGUUCGUGCCGUCGGCCGCCA